UUACUUUGAGCCAGAUGAUUAGUUCUCUGGGAAGGAUGGACUGUAACAUUGAAUCAAUUACAGGUUGCUGUUGCAGACGCGCAUUUGUGUGAGUGGCCGUGGAGCAGGACGGAGGAGCGCAGCACAAGGGAGAGGAUUACUAUUGCUUUACAACUGAGGACCCUUAGGCUGAUUAGAGUAUUUUACAAGAGCUUUGACAUUCAUUUUGGCUGUUCUUUUAUCAAAGGGAGCAAUCAAAAGGCAUUAAAAAGCUGAGCACAAUCCAAGUGACCAUGGGGUUCCUGGAGACACAUCUCGUUUUUGGGAUUGUUUUACUAGGGGUAUUGUCAGAUGUUUCAAAACCUUGGCCGGUUAUUAAUUCAGAUAAAAAGGAAUUUAUUCUGACACCUCAUUCUGAGUUCACCAUCACUUGCUCCGGAGAGAGGAGAGUGACAUGGUUCGAGCCAUUAGCGGCCAACACUGAAGUGCAGUCUGGAUUUAAUCACAGUACUUUGGUGAUCACUGAUGCUGUGGCCUCUAACACAGGAUACUACACCUGUUUGUAUGAGGAUCAACCUGAAAAAGACACUGAUAUCUAUGUUUUUGUUCUAGAUCCUGAGGUUCCAUUUGUGUCUGAACCUGCUGUUGAGAUAGAUGAGGCAGUGGGCACAAUUAUCCCCUGCCGUGCUACAAACCCACAUUCUCAAGUGAUUCUUAGAAACCUGCAGAGUGGGGAUGAGGUUUCUGUGCCUUACAACCCCAAACUCGGGUUUUUUGGUGUAUUAUCACCGGGUCACUAUGUUUGCGAGAUGAGCGUGAAUGGCAAAGCAGUGCACAGCAUCGUUUUAUAAUGUGACAAAUGAUAAGGGUAAGUAAUGCACCAUAAAUAAUUAAACAUUUAGAGUGUUUUAUUAAAAUUUCAAACAGUAUAAUGUAUAAUGUAUUUUUUUUUUGACAAAGAAAAGUGAAACAUUAGGUCAUAGCUUUGACACUACAUGAGUACCAUGGGAGAUGACAAAUUCUUGUUAGUGAAGAGUGAUGACAUUUUGAGUUGGGGUGGGCUGCAGGUGUGAGAUGCUGAUGUAUACUUGUUUCAUUUUGAAUCAUCAUACCCUUCAAGUUACUCAUGAGAAGAACAUUUAUAGCCAUUAAUGAAGAGAAAAAGAGUGAUUGGGUGUUUCUGAAUUGGUUCUGGACUAAAUUUGAGUAAGCAGUAACUGGCGUUGAUUUCACAUUUGUUUUUAUUAUUAUUAAAGGACUAGUAAACAAAAUGAAUUUAAUUGUAGCAUUGUUAAUUUUUCGAAUGAUUUGUAUUGUACUGAAGAUUAUAAAGAGAAGAGCUUCAGCAUACAGCUGAGAGCCAGUAUGGAGGACGUGAAAGAGGGGGAUGCUGUCAAUCUUACCUGUGAGACCCCUCCUGGGGAGGCUUUCCGCCAGCAGUGGCUGCAUCCCCAAAA